AUGACGCCGGCAACAAAGAGUAAAGGCCGGAAGGCCUCAGAAGACUGUGGACGGAAAGACAAGCAGAACUCAACCGAGGAGGAGCCAGACUAUACAUUCUCGGACAUUAAGGAGGCAAUAAUCGGGGAGGAGAACCUGACAAUACAGGUGCAAGCCCGCCAGCAAAUUGAGCCUAGCAUCGAACGAACGAAGAAGUUUAGGGAGGGAGAGCUGGCUGCUGCAACGAUCAAUUACAUGCAAGAUAUACGAUAUUUUGACAUGGUCGCGACAAGUCAAUGCGCGGUAGCCGUUAGAGAAAUCGAAAGAAGGCCAGCAGUAAUCAAGGAAUUCGACAACGAGACAAAGCAAGUGUGGGAUCAUCUAAAAAAAAGAUCGAAAGAGUUUUACGAUACGACAGCAAUAGCUGCGCGCAACUGGAUCAAAAUUGAAAAACGGCUCGGCAAAGAAAAGACGGACAGAUUGAGGACCAUAUCGUGCAAGUCCACGUUUUCUAAAGAUGUUUUAAGCCUAAUAAGCCAGACCAGUGCGAGUGCUGAUACAAGGCCUUUUGACAUCACUAAAGCGGCCAAGAUCAAAAACGUCCCAGCUGCGCUGACAAAGGGAGAAUUGGAAUCUAUCAACGCAAAAUUGGACAGAAAUGGCUUCAUCGUCCCGAAGGACUUCGUUGAAGAAAUUCCGACCAAAUCGAAGAAGAACGUCCCGUUGUUCAAAGAAUUGGACCUCCGAUUCGUUCCCAACCCUGAAGAAGCCGUCCUGAACCGGGAAGAACUACGAGAGACCCUCUCGAGAAUUAAAGAUCGAAAGAAGUCGAGCACAACCCCCCUGAAACCCAGGACCAGGAGCACAGGGAAAGAAAGAAGCCCAGCUUCGCCUGCAGACCGGUGCAUUUGCAAAGACACCCUGGAAAGGGACUUAUACAAAGUGCUGACGCUCUCGAGAAGGAAGAUGACAGCCAGCAUUCUGAACACCUUUCUAGAAUCAUGUCAAGGCAUCUAUGAAGGGAAACCAGCUCUCUGUCGCAAGCACCUAGAAGUGAUCCUGGCUGCGGCUCUAAUCAGAACGGAUGAAGAUGAAUCAGAAUUAUUGGAUCAAUUCCACGCUUUGGUCAACUGUGGAAAAGACUACCACAACCUUAGGCGGGAACAGGGAUCCUGGUUUUGGUUCCAAGGGGCAAAGGCACCUGAACCGCAGGAAGUCGAGGACCAACGGCCCAUUUUUCGAUACAAAAUCACAAACCCAGGGUUCGAUAACGGCCUGGUCACGGUGGAAAGGAUCGUGGAACUUUUGGGCAUGCGGCCGGAAGAUAGGGAGAGCUGCAUGAAGAUAAGAGAGAAGGGGUUUGCAGUGAUCCGCGGACUCUUGUCCCACCUGAUGGAGGGAACUGAGGGCAACACCGUUUUGCAAACAGCAGACACGGAAGCCAAGCAACUCCUCCGGCAAGACCUGAAAGUUUAUCUCGUGGCCUUACUGCUCAGAAGUACAAAUGAGUACAGGUUGUUCGCAUACCCAGAGCCGGCGCGACAAUAUACGCUUGACGCGGGGAAAGCUUCAGUAGAACUGGACAGUCACCCUGGAGAAGUCAGAGCAGGUGGCAGAGACCCGGAAGCCUUCCGACUCUGGGUUGUCGCUAAAACGGAUACGAAUCGCCGAUGGAAAGCGGGUGACGAGCUGUUUGCGGAAGAGCGUAAAGGGUUUUACAAGACACUUAGGGAAAAGAUAUCUUCGAAAGGACCUAGCGUGCAGCUGAGCAUUGAUGAGGCCAAAGCACUAAUAGAAUGGGGAUCGUUCGAACAAAACUUAUCUCCUCUGACCCCGAACGCGGGAGAUAUUGUGGUAGUGCACAGCCUUUGUCCGCAGGUCCAUGAAGUAAGACUGUCAGAAAGUCUUGAAAUCCCUUUGUGUUUCUUUGCUACUGAUGCUGAAAGAGAAUGUCUGGAAGGGCGUUGGGGAGGAACGCUGGAGGAGUUGCAGAAGCCCAACAGGGAAAGGACAAGCCUAACCAGAUGGUCUAACGGCCAUCCGUUAGAGUACAGGAUCAGCGAGACCUGGGGGGCGUCCUUGCUCCUCCUGCCGGCGACAAAGAUCGGGCUAGCAAUAAUGGGGGAAUUGGACUGGGAAGACACAUCCGUUUCCCGCGAGCUAGGGGUUCUUUUUGAAAGUCCUAUCGAAGAGGCCCGAGAAUGGAUGAGGGGUCGAGAGCUGGAAGCCAGCAGUGCUUUCCGGAAAACGUGGGCGGACUUUGAAGCAGUAGAACGUCGCUGCUUCGGCGAGGUAUCCGCAUUUGAGAUGUUUGCCAAAGGAAUCACUAGGCAGGAACUAGAAGAGGAGGCCAAGGAAGUGGUCUUCGUAAUGAGUACACCAAAGAGGAUUACCAAGAAAAGCUCAAGGUCGCCCGAGAAGACAAGUUCCGGCCGUCUGGCCGAAACAAAAGAGGAACUGCGUCAGUUGGGAGGUGUCUCGAUGACACUGAUCGUCAGGGCACAUGUUAUGGAGGGAAGGGACCCAGAGGAUUCCCUAUCAAUUAUUGACGAGGCACCUAGGGAGGAAAGCUUGGAGGAGACGGCGCGAGGAAUCCUGGAGUGGGGAAACGAGUUGAAGCGCAGCCUCAGGGAGAAUCCUGCUGCGUUUCUGGAAGCUUUUCUGGGAUCCUCUUCCCCAGACCGCGGGAUGGCUGCUCUCCUAUUCUCCAUAGCAGUGAAAGGCCCCUCUGAUGAUGAUAUAGAAGGAUUCUUCCUCCUGAACAAGGCGAAAAUUAUGAGAGAAAUAUACGGGGAGGGUUGGUCGCUGAACGAGCUGAUGGCGCAUACAACCUCCGCCAACGGGAUGAUUUAUUAUACAGGACCUAUUCGGUGGGAAUUGUACGGCCGAUUCUCAGCGCAGCCUCUGAGCAAAGGAGACGAGGAGGGGAGAAAGUCGAAUGAACAAUGGAAGGGGAUGAUCCAAACCGACAACCCGAAGAUAAAGUCCAUUCUGGAUGGGAUGUGUGCCGAGAUGGACUUUUCAGAGUUGAUAUGUCGGAAAGACGUGCGCAGGAAUGUGGCGGUGCUCCUAACUGAAUAUGGUCCUCCCAAGGGUCGGCCUUACACUGGCUGGGGAGUUUCGUCAAGAGAUAUCUCGACAGGGAAGAGUUGCAGAGCCUGGAAGGGUUCGACAAGCACUUCUCGCUCAGCGGGGAAUCUUUCGGCCAGGGAGAACGGAGCCUUGGGGACGGCGGACAAGGUGGCAGACAAGGUGGCGAACUGCAAAGAGAAGGACAAGGGAACGGGAAGGGAAGAUCGGGCGACAGAGACGGGGAGCAGGAUGAACAGGGCGCGGAGGAAGGAGACGGGGCUGAUGGUAACUAAGCUGGAGGGGAUAAGAAUGACCUUGAAUGAUCAAUGGGGUAUCGUAUCGCUUUAA